UUUCCCCUCCGUCGAUAUGGAGCAACAACCCCUCAAUCCUGAACCCCAGCAGGGUGAUCUUAACUGGCGCCUGAGUGCGCAUCCGAUUACGUUGCUUUGUUUCCUGGGCUUCCGCUUCAGUGCCCUGCUGAUGUACCUAUUCGGGGUGCUGUUUAUUAAGAAUUUUAUCUUGGUCUUCAUCAUCACCUUGCUUCUCCUCGCAGCAGACUUCUAUUACCUCAAGAACAUUGCCGGACGUCGCUUAGUGGGUCUCCGCUGGUGGAACGAAGUGAACACCGCGAGUGGUGACUCGCAUUGGGUGUUCGAAUCCUCGGACCCGACAACUCGUACGGUCGCAGCUACAGAUAAGAGGUUCUUUUGGCUUAGCUUGUAUGUGACGCCUGCGCUUUGGGUUGGGCUGGCGAUUUUGGCCAUCAUUAGACUGAGCAGUGUUAUUUGGUUGAGCUUGGUUGCUAUUGCCCUCGUCUUGACAAUCACCAAUACCCUUGCUUUCUCCCGGUGCGAUCGCUUCAGCCAAGCGUCCACCUUCGCCAACCGGGCACUGUCUGGAGGAAUUGUGAACAACAUCGCGGGGGGUCUGCUGGGCAGACUCUUCAAGUAAACAAGCAAGUCUUGAACGUUGUGCAUUGUAUGGUUGUCGUUCCUCCCUUGAUACAUCUGGAUGUAUUUUACAAAUCACGUGCGCUUUAUGUAUGCUCAGGCCUCUCAAUAUGAAAUGAAUGCAACAACAUGUUUG